GCGAGCUCGGUGCGGCGUCGCUGCUGCACGCCUGCACCGCGGGUUGCAACACCCUCCCCCCUUCACUCUCGGCUUCUCGCUCGCCGCCGUCUUGCCGUUGCCUGUCUCACCUCGCGGCCGGCAGCCUUGCGCGACGCGCCGCGCUCUUUCACAUUCAAAAUUAUUCGCAACCAUUGCAAAAACUCUCUGUGCAAUAAAAAUAUCUUACUCUUCUUGCUGCGGUCGCAAAUUAGGCUUAAAACAGAGAGGUUCUUUAAAACUUUAUAAAACAAAUUCAGUGCCUUUGAAACUUUGAAUGCACUCCUCGUUGCAUAUCCCGCUCGCGUCGUUAUGAGAACCCCGUACUGGCGGUCACGUUGACGUCGCGCGGUGCCGCCAUAUCUGUCUCGGCCACCAACUAGCAAAAUUAAUAGGCUAAAUAAAACGUGUCACUUCACUAGAAGAAUGCAUUGACCCGCGCAUUCGCUAUUUGAAAUUUACCUUCACCCGGAUGGAAUGAGGAGUGCACAAUCCCAUUGUUUCACAGUUUCAUAUGUUUGAACAGCAUUUGUUUUUUUGUUUUUCGGACGAUUAGAGAGUUGUCAAUUUCUUCCAAAAUUACAAAAAUUACAAAAUAAGAAUGGCGGAGGGUAAUGGAGAAAUAUCCCUUGAAGAGGUGCCCGGAAAGGACUCAGACAUUGGCCGAACACCAGAUUACCGCAAACUAAUUGACUAUGGCUUAGACCCCAAGGUAGCUGCUAAGCUCGACGACAUUUAUAAGACUGGAAAGCUAGCGCACGCCGAACUGGACGAACGUGCGUUAGAUGCCUUAAAAGAAUUUCCAUCCGACGGUGCUUUAAGUGUUCUUGGACAAUUUUUAGAUUCAAAUCUCGAGCAUGUAUCUAAUAAAAGUGCUUAUUUAUGUGGAGUCAUGAAAACCUAUAGACAGAAAAGCCGUGCCGGCGUCCAGGGCGCGCCCGCGUUAGCCCCGGCCGUCCCGGUCAAGGGGCCCGACGAAGAGAAGAUCAAACACAUCCUAGCCAGGACUGGGUACACUUUAGACGUGACCACAGGUCAGCGCAAGUACGGCGGGCCGCCGCCCGGCUGGGAGGGCGGGACGCCGGGCGCGGGCUGCGAGGUGUUCUGCGGCAAGAUCCCCAAGGACAUGUACGAGGACGAGCUCAUCCCGCUGUUCGAGCGCUGCGGCGCCAUCUGGGACCUGCGCCUCAUGAUGGACCCCAUGACCGGCACCAACCGCGGCUACGCCUUCGUCACCUUCACGUCGCGCGAGGCCACGCAGCGCGCCGUGCAGGAGCUCGAUAAUCACGAAAUAAAACCUGGGAAGACUCUGAGAAUUAAGGUUAGCGUACCGAAUCUGCGACUUUUCGUCGGCAACAUUCCCAAGUCUAAAGGCAAAGAGGAGAUUCUGGAAGAGUUUGGUAAAUUAACAGCGGGACUCGUGGAAGUUAUUAUAUAUAGUUCGCCGGAUGAUAAGAAGAAAAAUAGAGGAUUUUGUUUUUUGGAAUACGAGUCUCACAAAGCGGCGUCCCUAGCUAAACGUAGACUGGGCACUGGUAGAAUAAAGGUAUGGGGCUGUGAUAUUAUAGUGGAUUGGGCCGACCCUCAAGAGGAGCCUGAUGAGCAAACUAUGAGUAAAGUGAAAGUGUUAUACGUUCGGAACCUGACGCAAGAAAUAACGGAGGAGGCGCUGAAGGAGCAAUUCGAGAGGUUUGGAGCCGUAGAACGUGUUAAGAAGAUCAAGGAUUAUGCUUUCGUGCACUUCGAGGAACGCGACUGCGCGGUUAAGGCGAUGCAAGAAUUGGACGGCAAGGAAUUCGGCGGCGCGCGGCUCGAGGUAUCGCUGGCCAAGCCUCCUCCGACAAGAAGAAGAAAGAGGAAAUACUGCGCGCGCGCGAACGCCGCAUGAUGCAGAUGAUACACGGCCGCGG